AAACAAUUAAAAAAAAAAAAAAAAACAAGAUUAUAUAUAAACUGAUCGAGGGAGCUUAUCUUCUUCCUUAAUUAUUUUCCUUUUUCUCUCCUAAUUUAAUUUCAUUUUUUCAAUCUAAGAUUCUCUGAUAAGAUUUAAACAAUCUUUUGAUUGUUCUGUUUUUCUCUCCUUUAAAUCUAUCUUGGAUAUUGCUUCCUGUAACAUUUUAUCUGAAGUAAUGGCUUUAUCGAGAGAAAGAUUUGUAAUUAGUUCCAGUUGCAGUAAAUUUAACGGUGAGGAUCAAGGUUUUGAGUUAGAGUUUGUGAGGUUUACAAGAGGAUUAGGAAGAAAAAGGAUUCUGAUUUCGAAAUCGAUUCAAGAAACCGUUUCAAAUUCCGAUCAAGCUUCGCCGCCGGUCAAGAUUCUGUUGAAGAGACUUAAAAGUGAAACGACGGAAUCCAAUACGUCUGUUCUUGAAUCUCUGCAUCAAGAUAUUUUGAUUCGAGUACUUUGUCAUGUGGAUCACGAGGACCUAGCGACAUUAAAACGUGUAUCUAAAACAAUAAGAAAAGCUGUAUUAGAAGCAAAGAAGUCGCAUUUUGAUUAUAGCACACCAAAAAAGGCUCUGUCUUUUCGAGACCCAUUGUUAAUUAUCGAGGAAGAUUCGAAUUCGAGUGAUCAAGAUGAUGAAGUAGAGCCUCCUAAUGCACCAAUUCGAAGAAAGAUUCUUAAUCGUGAAUCAGACUUGUCGAAGAUCUCUAUGGUAUUAUUUAAAUGAGAAAGAAAGAUAACAAAAAAGGAGGAUCAACAGCUAAUUGUGCACAGACGCAAGAAGAAAGAAAAACAAAAAGAUAGAGAGAGUUAUAGAGAGAGUUUGCUUUUGCUUCCAUGAUUCAUGUGAAUAUUAACCAUUAUUAUUUGCAGACUUUGUAGGAUUAGUUUAUUAUUUGAAAAAAUAAUUUUGUUGGGUUGUGAUUCAGAGUAUCCGAAGUAAUUUGAUUUUGUCUUUUUUCAAUUAAAAUUAAUAAGAUUCUGUUUAAUUCUGUUAUUUCUUGACUUUUAUCAUUUAUAUAUAUAAUAAACACAGUACUGACUGGAUCUGAAAAUUUGUUUAUAUGAAUAAAACGUGUCAGACUAAAUUAUU